AGUGGCCGAGGAGGCGGCGCGGCGGACGGCGGCCCGAGAGUAGCGCCCGCGCUGCGGCCCGCGGGACCGCGCCGCGACCGCCCGGGCCGGCCCGGAGGAGCGCCUGCCGCCGCCGCCGCCGCCGCGCGCCUAGCGAGGGUAUGAACGUGAUUUCUGAUGAAACUGGAUUGGAAUAAUUUUCAUGAUCUUUGUAUAUUUAUAUAUAUAUAUUUUUAAAUUUUGCAUUUGACUUAAAGUGCCAUGAGAAAAUUUGCAUACUGCAAGGUGGUCCUAGCCACCUCCUUGAUUUGGGUACUCUUGGAUAUGUUCCUGCUGCUUUACUUCAGUGAAUGCAACAAAUGUGAUGAAAAAAAGGAGAGAGGACUUCCUGCUGGGGAUGUUCUAGAGCCAGUACAAAAGCCUCAUGAAGGUCCUGGAGAAAUGGGGAAACCAGUCGUCAUUCCUAAAGAGGAUCAAGAAAAGAUGAAAGAGAUGUUUAAAAUCAAUCAGUUCAAUUUAAUGGCAAGUGAGAUGAUUGCACUCAACAGAUCUUUACCAGAUGUUAGGUUAGAAGGGUGUAAAACAAAGGUGUAUCCAGAUAAUCUUCCUACAACAAGUGUGGUGAUUGUUUUCCACAAUGAGGCUUGGAGCACACUUCUGCGAACUGUCCAUAGUGUCAUUAAUCGCUCACCAAGACACAUGAUAGAAGAAAUUGUUCUAGUAGAUGAUGCCAGUGAAAGAGACUUUUUGAAAAGGCCUUUAGAGAGUUAUGUGAAAAAACUAAAAGUACCAGUUCAUGUAAUUCGAAUGGAACAACGUUCUGGAUUGAUCAGAGCUAGAUUAAAAGGAGCUGCUGUGUCUAAAGGCCAAGUGAUCACCUUCCUGGAUGCCCAUUGUGAGUGCACAGUGGGAUGGCUGGAGCCUCUCUUGGCCAGGAUCAAACAUGACAGGAGAACAGUGGUGUGUCCUAUCAUCGAUGUGAUCAGUGAUGAUACUUUUGAGUACAUGGCAGGCUCUGAUAUGACCUAUGGUGGGUUCAACUGGAAGCUCAAUUUUCGCUGGUAUCCUGUUCCCCAAAGAGAAAUGGACAGAAGGAAAGGUGAUCGGACUCUUCCUGUCAGGACACCUACCAUGGCAGGAGGCCUUUUUUCAAUAGACAGAGAUUACUUUCAGGAAAUUGGAACAUAUGAUGCUGGAAUGGAUAUUUGGGGAGGAGAAAACCUAGAAAUUUCCUUUAGGAUUUGGCAGUGUGGAGGAACUUUGGAAAUUGUUACAUGCUCACAUGUUGGACAUGUGUUUCGGAAAGCUACACCUUACACGUUUCCAGGAGGCACAGGGCAGAUUAUCAAUAAAAAUAACAGACGACUUGCAGAAGUGUGGAUGGAUGAAUUCAAGAAUUUCUUCUAUAUAAUUUCUCCAGGUGUUACAAAGGUAGAUUAUGGAGAUAUAUCGUCAAGAGUUGGUCUAAGACACAAACUACAAUGCAAACCUUUUUCCUGGUACCUAGAGAAUAUAUAUCCUGAUUCUCAAAUUCCACGUCACUAUUUCUCAUUGGGAGAGAUACGAAAUGUGGAAACGAAUCAGUGUCUAGAUAACAUGGCUAGAAAAGAGAAUGAAAAAGUUGGAAUUUUUAAUUGCCAUGGUAUGGGGGGUAAUCAGGUUUUCUCUUAUACUGCCAACAAAGAAAUUAGAACAGAUGACCUUUGCUUGGAUGUUUCCAAACUUAAUGGCCCAGUUACAAUGCUCAAAUGCCACCACCUAAAAGGCAACCAACUCUGGGAGUAUGACCCAGUGAAAUUAACCCUGCAGCAUGUGAACAGUAAUCAGUGCCUGGAUAAAGCCACAGAAGAGGAUAGCCAGGUGCCCAGCAUUAGAGACUGCAAUGGAAGUCGGUCCCAGCAGUGGCUUCUUCGAAACGUCACCCUGCCAGAAAUAUUCUGAGACCAAAUUUACAAAAAAACGAAAAAAAUAAGGAUUGACUGGGCUACCUCAGCAUACAUUUCUGCCACAUUCUUAAGUAGCAAAAAAGGAAAAGUGCUUUCCUCCUCUGCAGGAUGUAACGUUUAUCAGCCAUUAAAACUUAGACUUCUCUAGCUUUUCACUAGCUGUGAACCAGCCUUCCUGUCCAUGGACGUGAAACUGCAUAGUAAUGAGACUGUGCACACUGAUGUUUACAAGAUUGAAAGAGUCUUUCUCCGAAAAUCAUGGUAAAGAAUACUGAGACAAUGAAAAAAAAUCAACAAAAUAUGCUUUCUGGAGAACUGUACCUUUUAUGGUUUGCUUGCACAUCAGUAAUUUCUGCUGAACGUGCUGUCAUAAUGAAGAGAUUUCCAAGAUUUUUUUUCCUGAUUAGAACUGGUAGCCAGUAUAUUAAAUAUUGAUAUAAAAAUAAAAGAACUGGAACCAGAUUCAGAAUCAUGAAAACAACAUUUUUACAACAACAAAAAAACUAUAUUAAACAGGGUUUAAAGGAAAUUAAAACAGAACUAUGAGAAGUACAAUUUGUUAUAGUAUAGUAUCAAAUUUCUAUAUAGAUUUUAUACCUCAGUGGGGAAAAAUAACUGAUUCCAAUGACAUUCAUUUUGUUUUCAUCUGUGAUAGUCAUGGAUGCUUUUAUUUUCCUUGGGGUGCUGAAAUUGAGCUGAAAAAAAAGGCUCUUUGAAUAUAGUUUUAAUUUCUCUCUACAGUUUUUUUUGUUUGGUUUGUGGGCUGUUGGAAUUGUAAUUUUUAAUUGCCUUCUAAAAAAUGGAAAUUUAACAAUGUCUGAUCUCAGCUGAACAAAUUAGAUGUUUCAGUUGCUCUUGGGUCAACUGGCUUACAGAUUUACACGUGCACACACACACAAAUUUCUUAUCACAUUUUCGACUUCUUCACUUGACCUAACUGAUUAUGCGAAAUACCCAAGAUUCAUGCUACUGUACCACAGAUUUGUUUUCACAGCAAUAAAUCUUCAGUUCUUUGUUUAUGAUUCCACUUAACAAAAGGCCUGCAGAAGUGAUUUAUUAUUUGGGUAUUUGGAGAUAAUACAUUUGAUGGUUUUUUGGAAAACCUUUUUCACUCCAUACUCAGAUAUGCUUCAUUGUCAAGUGCAUAUUUAGAUUAGAUUAUUGAAUUGUAAUGUUUAUCUGCUGCUUUUUUUAAAUAAAAUUUGACUGAAAAUGUUUAAUUGGCAUUUUUUAAUGACUUAGCCAAAGAAGUGCAGCUAUUAUUCCAUAUUAAUAGGCUUGCAUUUCUUUUCCUAAAUCUUAUUUAGGCUAAAUCAGUUUUAUUUUUCUCUGAUUUUUUUUAAUACCACAGAAUCACCUGAGUGUCAAUUGAAAGUUGUCAAUUAAAAGGUAACCUUUUAAUCUCAUAGGAGGAAUCUCAUUAAGACAUUUUUCCUGAUAUGUAGAGCAGUCUGUUGGCAAAAAUGCAUAUAUUUUCUUUCAUAUUUGUAAAAUUAUAUUUAAUGGAAUUCUUUUCUUUGAUUAUCAAGGACUUUCACUGCAGGCAGUGCUAUUUCUUGUGCCUAAGAAUGUUUCCAAAAGUCGCAUCGCUAAUGAUAUUUGCCAAGUUGAGUGUACACAAAGUUUCUCAUAUCCUGUUCAAGUUAAUCAACAUCAAGCACAUGGGGAUGCUUUAGGGUGAGUCUAUAGUACAAAAUGCAUAAACCAUGUCCCCAGGAAAUUUGAAAGGAAGCAGGUGCUGAAUGGAAUUUUUUUCCUUUUCCAUGAGCUGUGUUAAUUCUAUCUCCAGUAGGCCUAAUGCUUGAAUAAGCAAGAUGUCUAAUCAAUAAAUUAUUUUCAUGCUCAGAAUUUCAGGUUUUUGUACUCCAGCAUAGCUUGGUCUUAUUUCUUACUGUAUGAAAGCUUAACAGCAAUGUGAUUUAAGGUUUUGUUUUAAAUGGGAGAUGUAAGUGAUUUAAUUCAUGGGUACUUUUAGAACCUGAUAGAUAAUCCCAUUGCCUUUAUUUUUCUAAUUAAAGAAUUCCUAAAUACUUUGAAAAUACAAAAUAUUCCUGAAUA